AUGUCCGAUCUUAGGAAGAAUGCGUUGAGUGGAUAUAAUCUAAAUCUUGCGAAAGCAGUACAUACAACAUCGCCAGGAGGACCACUUCACGAUACACAGAAAUAUGCGAGAAUGGGACUAGCGGGGUUCUCUGAUUUGAUUAAACAAGUUAGCAGAAGUGGAUUUGCAGAUGAUGAAGGCACUGUACAGUGA